UCCUUUAAAACCAAGCUGCAAAGCCCCUCCGCCGUGUCGCACCCCAAGUUUUUAAGGCACGCACCAACCUUUCCUACUAGAUCCUUCAGAACCCCUCCGGUUCACCUCGAUCCCUGCUGCGGCAAUGGUGACCAGGAGGCUGCCCCUGAGCUCCCUCUUCCAUGGCAAGGCAAGGGACACCUCGCCGUCGCGGCCUCCUCCCGCUACCUGGCCGUGGCCGUCCAGCAAGAACACGUGCACGCAGUCCGCCCGCGCCGCGCAGCCGCCGGCGGGCGCCAGGACCGUCGCCUCCAUCGUCCUCGACUCCGCCGAGUCCUCCUUCACGGCCUCCUCCGCGCGGCAGGACUGCUCCGACAGCCUCUCCACGGCGUCCGACGCGUCGGCGUCGGCGGCGCCGGUGGCGGCGUGCGACGAGGAGGAGGCGGACGACGCCGUCGUGCGGGGGAUCCGCUCCGACCGUCUCCUCUUCGACCCGCCGCCGGGCGCGUCGGCCACGAGCUCCAUCCUCGAGGAGAAGGCCGGGUGCGCGGGCGCUCGCGGCGGCGGCGGCGACGAGGAGGAGGAGGCGUUCGGCGACGCCGUGGCGGUCGCGUUCGAGUCGGCGGACCCGUACGAGGACUUCCGGGCGUCCAUGGAGGAGAUGGUGGCCGCGCACGGCGUCGGCGACUGGGGCUGGCUCGAGGAGAUGCUGGGGUGGUACCUCCGCGCCAACGACAGGGACACGCACUGCGCCAUCGUGGCGGCGUUCAUCGACGUCGUCGUCGCCAUAUCCGACCCAGCUCGCGAGGCGUGCUCUUCCCAAAACUCUUCCUGUACGUUUGCGGCGGGUGAGCUGGAGGAGGCCGAGAGGGGUAGUAAACCUGCUGGGGUACUCACCGUGUGAUGACUGAUGACUGAUGACUGAUGAGCUCGGCUGUCGUUGGAUUAUUUAAUAGGCUCCGUUGAAACCAACCUUCGUAGUUUGGCUGGCGUACGUGAUCUAAUCGUGCUAGAAUGGUAGAGUUCUAUAUAUAGCGCGUAUUAGCCUAGGUUUAUUUACUGCCUGACUGGAUGCUUA